AAUUCACCAAAUACCUUUUAAAGUUUAUCUUUUAUAUCAUCAAAGGUGAGUUGUGCAGUGGCCCUGACUAACCUUUCAUGAUCGGCAGACAAAUUUGCAGAUGCCAAAAGAAAAUAUCCCAGUAGACCAUCGUUUAAAUCCAAUUUGUAUUUCUGAACUUCUCGAUACUUGUUGUUGAAUUCCACCAGAAACUUUGUAAAAUUCAUUCCACUUUCUCUUCUGAAUUCCACAAAUGCCUUCACUGCACAAAAUGCUCUUGUAGUUUCUUCUUUCAAAUAUACUUUAUCCAGUUCUGCUAUCAAAACAUUCAACCCAUCAUCUUUGGCCAAGUCCCCAACCUUGAGCGAUCUAACUGCUUGUUUGGCAUCACCAAGAAGACUUAAAUAAACUGCUGGCCCUCGUUUUUUCUUAUUGUCUUUUGUAUAGGCCUCCCAAAUCUCAACAUCCGAUUUCCAAUCCGCAUAACAGUCACCCCUACCAGGAUCAAACGUAGGCGGUUGUUUCAACGAUGACAUAACAGAUAAUUAACUUUAAAGCAAACAAUUGAUGCAACUUCCCCAAAAGAAAUAAAAUAAUACUUCCCAGCGCGUGAUCUUGGACCCAAUUCAACUUUCAAUUCUUCAGAUAUCCAGUGUCAUCCAAACAAUCUUGUCAGAGGUGUCACUCACGAAACGCUUGCUACCAUUGUGAGUUGCUAUAGAUCAUUACCUUGUGAGUUCAGUCACUUGUACUUCUUUCUUCUACUUAUCUUGCUUGCUUGCUAUGUAUAUGUUGAAACACUUAUUAUGCUUUCUACAACAUAGAAAGAACAAUCAACAUAAGACUUCCAUAAUAUUAACAUAAGUUACACUGUACGCAUCUAUCUAGUCAAGUUUCUUGUACUAACAGAUGCAUGUGUCCUUAACAUAGAUGGAUUUUUAAAAAAGUUGUAUGAACUUUAUUCUGACUUUGCACUGAAGAAUCCUUUUCUCUUGCUUGAGAUGCAGAUCCGAUGUGAUUUAUUUAUACAAAUUUACAAAAGUUAUUAAUCAUACUAUUAAUUAUACUAUGUUGUCUACUUAAAAAAAAUCGGCGUAUAAUAUAAUAACGUUGUUUUAUUUUCUUUCCUUUCUGUCCUCGCAGCAAUAUUUUAGUUUACAUUGUAACUGCUGAUGCAAUUCUGUAUUUCUAAGUUUUUUAUGUUAUUAUUGAGUUUUUCCAUUUUCGAUUCUUUAUUAAGUGCAAUUACAAUUUUUAUGGAUAAAACAUUUAUUGAAUUCAUCAGUAAGUUUAUGUGUGCAGCAUGUAAACAAGUGUUGUUUAAGAAAAGCUGCAUUGCCAGUAGGAUUCAAUUAGUUUCAUGUUAACUUUUUCUGAUGCAAAUAAAUUAGCAGCCAUUUUAAUUCAAAUCGGCAGUAAGAAAUUGACAACGUAAAUGGCAAUGUGUUAACAAAGCAGAAUAGAAAAUAGAAUUUCAUAUGUGCAAUUUUUGCUGAUGUGUAUUAUAACGUAAAUUGCUAGAAUUGUAUUAGUUUCAAUUCCAAUAAUUUCUCAGUUACCCUUGCAUCUACACUAUACACUUCGUCCAGAUAAUAAGUUAUCUAUGUUCACCAAUGAGAUACUGUCUCUUGUGGUGUAGCCAUAAAUUUUUAAGCUAAUUUCCAUCCGGCAGAAAUUGCAAAUCCAAAUUUUUAACUUAUAAAUUUAUGGCCCACUCCUUUAAACUAUGAAUUUCCUUUGACCAAAAUUAGAACUCUUAUUUGUUUUUUCUUAAAUUGUAAUUUCUAUUUGCUUAAUCUAGAUGAAGAGUUUAUUAUUAUGGCAUUAAACUAAAAAAUGUCUUGAUUUUUGUUGCUUAUUCUGUUUUCAGAAUGUUAUAUUAGUGUUAAGCUACAUUUAGUUUUGUAAUUCUAUGUUUGCAAUAAAUAAGUAAAUAAAUUAAUCCUUUUUAUUGUUCUAGGAGUUUAUUGUGUAUUGUGUCUAAAAUGUUAAAAUAUUGGUUUAAAAAUAAAAAGCACAAAUUUAAUUUUUUUUAAGAUUGUAAGCUAAAAUCAUGGCUAAUACAUAUGAUGGUAAAUGUUUCUGUGUGGUUACCGGUGCUAGUAAAGGAUUUGGUCGAUCAAUUACGCAACUGCUACUCCAGGAAUCAGGACUUCUACAUAAUGCAGAAUCAGGAUCGAAAAUACUUCUCAUGGCAAGAAAUAAUUCUGGUCUUGAAAGUACCAAAGAAAUAUCACUGAAGACUGCAUUUAAACCUGAAAGAUUUCACUUUGAUCUCUGCACUAUUGAUUUUUCAACACCUGAAGCAGUGCAAGAUAUUGUUAAAAAGUAUCUAGAAACACUUGACACAGAGUUUAAACAUGUUUUUAUUUUUAGUAAUGCUGGUUUUCUUGGAGACGUAUCGAAAACCUUAGUUGAUCAUGACAACAUUUGCGAUAUUCAAAUCGUUGUCAACAUUAAUGUUAUUUCUCCGUCUUACAUCGUAUCCAAUUUUUGUAAGCAUUUUAAAAGUUCUAGAUGUUUUGUGAUCAACACAUCAUCGCAUGCUGCCCUAAAUCCAAUGCCAAGCAUAGGGUUGUACUGUUCGGUUAAGGCCUGCAUGGAUAUGUUUAUGCAGAACUUGAACCUGGAUUGUCCUUCAAUACGAACAUUAAAUUAUGCUCCAGGUCCAAUGGAUACUGAUAUGGCUAAAAGGUUAAUGAAUGAAGCUGGAAAUAAGGAUCUAAGUAAUAUCUUCAAAACUUUAUUUAGAGAAGGAACUAUUGUUAAGCCGAUAGAUUCUGCAACAAAGUUGAUGUUGUUAUUGAAAAAGAAUGAAUUUACCUCAGGUGUGCAUAUUGACUAUUAUGACAAAAUUAACUAACAUAUUCUUAAUAAUACCAGCAAAAUCUUCUGUUAUAUUAAAAUGAUUUUCUUUUUAUUGUAAAAGAUUGACACUUCAAUGACACUUUAUGUUAAUAUAUGAACCCACUCCCUACUUAAUACUACGUUUAUAAUAUGUCUCAUCACUUCCAUGUCAUUUUUUUUGUCUAUUAAUUGUCAAACGCUCCAUAAUUCAUUGUCUUUUACCAU